ACAGUAACUUUUUUGCACAAACCCCUGCUCAUCUAGUCAUUUGUCUUGUCUUGGGAUUUAUCCUGCCUUGGGAUGGCAAUUGGAGAUGCAGUGAGAAACUGUUGUCAGAGGUUCUGGAACCCUCCUAAAAACCCAAAUGUCCGGAUCAGUUUGCCAGCUGUUUGCUUUGUUUGGCAAACUGCCAUGAUCGUUCUUUUUGGAGUGUUUGUGCGUUAUGAUGAAGAGUCUGAUGCUCACUGGACCGUAUAUAAGAAGGAGCAUAAUAUUUCACUUGAUGCUGACAAUGAUUUCUACUACAGAUAUCCAAGUUUCCAAGAUGUGCACGUCAUGAUCUUUGUGGGUUUUGGCUUCCUCAUGACUUUUUUGAAGCGCUACAGCUUUGGUGGAGUGGGCUUCAACUUCCUUAUUGGUUCUUUUGGGCUGCAGUGGGCCAUAGUGAUGCAAGGCUGGUUCCACUCACUGGACCAUACGGAUGGCAAGAUUAAGAUUGGAGUAGAAAAUAUCAUCAAUGCUGACUUCUGUGUGGCGGGGUGCCUAAUCGCAUAUGGAGCUUGUUUGGGAAAAGUCAGUCCUGUACAGCUGAUGGUGUUAACUCUGUUUGGAAUCACCUUAUUUUCAGUAGAAGAGUACAUCAUCCUCCAUCUUUUGCAUGUCAGAGAUGCUGGUGGCUCCAUGGUCAUCCACACCUUUGGAGGAUAUUAUGGUCUGACAAUAUCAUGGAUACUCUAUCGACCAAAGUUACACCAGAGCAAACAUCUCCAUGGAUCUGUUUACCACUCUGAUGUCUUUGCUAUGAUUGGUACCCUCUACCUCUGGAUGUACUGGCCCAGUUUCAACUCUGCCAUUUCAACUCAUGGAGAUGGGCAACAUCGAGCUGCCAUCAAUACAUACCUGGGCCUGGCAGCUACCGUCCUCAGCACCUUCAUGGUAUCCAGCCUUUCUGCCAAGAAAGGCAAAUUAGACAUGGUUCAUAUCCAGAAUGCCACUCUGGCUGGAGGUGUUGCAUUGGGAACAGCAGCUGAAUUUAUGAUCACACCCUAUGGUUCACUUAUUGUUGGCUUCCUCUGUGGGAUCCUCUCCACCAUUGGCUACCUAGUGUUCAGUCCAUUCAUGGAGAAAUAUCUAAAGAUCCAAGACACAUGUGGGAUCCAUAAUUUACAUGCUAUGCCAGGUGUCCUUGGUGGAGUUGUAGGCGCCAUUACAGCUGCUGCUGCCUCUGAGUCUGUCUAUUCACGUGAAGGACUGAUCAACACAUUUGGUUUUACGGGAAAAUAUGAAAAAAGGACUCCAAAUAUACAGGGAGGCUAUCAGGCUGCUGGUCUUUGUGUGGCUAUCGCCUUUGGAAUAGUAGGUGGAGCAGCAGUGGGUUUUAUCCUGAGACUGCCUUUAUGGCAAGACCCAGCUGAUGAUAACUGCUUUGAUGAUGAAGUGUACUGGGAGCUGCCUGAAGAUGAAGAAAGUAUCCCCCCAAUCCUGGAAUACAGCAACCAAAUGGCCAACAAGCGUCCUGACACAUAUAUGUCUGAGUCCAACUUCAGCGUCGAGCAGAGCUAAUCACAUUUGGGAAAAUUCUGCAGAGAUGAUGCCGAUAAGAUCAGUGCUGAAUGAAGUCUGUUGGAUGAGGUCUUGGCAACAGGAAAUCUAAGAUGGAAUAGCAUUUUCUUGAUUUAAUAGCCAAACUGAAACAAAACCAGUUUAAUCUGAAAACCUGUGAAAAUUACCAGGUGUCAUAAUGAUAAUCGCUUAAUUAACAUUUUUAUGUAUGUUUGUAUGUUCUGUAUUUAUGUAUGUAUGUAUGUUUACACACACACACACACACACACAGAUACUAUUGAAAUGCACACACAGUGAAAAACCAUUAUUGUAAAAAAAAAGUAUAUUUGAUGGCUGAUCACUGACUAAUGUAGGUUUUUCAUGAAACAAGUAGCACAUUUUGUUUAAUGAAGAUAUGUACAAAAGCUGAGAUUAUCUUUUUCUGCUCUCCAGGAUUUAAGGGUUGAGGCUCUAUUACUGCUCUUUUUGUGUGAUAUUUAUUCAGAUUUUGUAUUUUAUUGUAUUUUCAGUUUUGUGAAUUUGAUUUUGAUUAAUAUCUUAUACAUGCAUUAUUAUUAUUAUUAU